AUGAACAUCCAGGUCCUGCCAGACCACAAGCUGUCAUCAGUGGCCCCGCUGAAACCCUGCAAUGUGGAGAAGAAGGAGGUGGAACUGAUAUUGGUGAAGGACCAAAAUGGGGUCCAGUAUACCAGUUCGACCAUCAUGCCCACCACCAGCACGCACGGCACCCCCUGCACCGCUGAGGAGCUGGAGGAGAGGGAAACAUGGGGAAAGAAAAUAGACUUUCUCCUAUCCGUCAUAGGCUUCGCAGUGGACUUGGCCAAUGUCUGGAGAUUCCCUUACCUCUGCUACAAGAAUGGAGGUGGUGCCUUUCUAAUCCCCUACAUUCUGUUCCUGGUGAUUGCUGGGAUGCCUCUGUUCUAUAUGGAACUAGCCCUGGGACAGUACAAUAGGGAAGGAGCUGCUACAGUCUGGAAGAUCUGCCCUGUCUUUAAAGGUGUGGGCUACACUGUGAUCAUCAUAGCGUUGUAUGUGGGUUUCUACUACAACGUCAUCAUAGCCUGGUCCCUAUACUACCUGUUCUCCUCUAUGACCAGUGAGCUGCCCUGGCUCCAUUGUGGCAACGCCUGGAACAGUCCGAACUGCACAGACCCCAAGCUACUAAACGGAUCCUUCCUGGGCAAUGGGACGUCUUAUGCCAAGUACAAGAUGACGCCGGCUGCAGAGUUCUAUGAGCGUGGCGUACUCCACCUCCAUGAGAGCAGGGGGAUCCAGGACCUGGGCAUGCCUCGCUGGGAGCUGGUCCUCUGUCUGGUGGCUGUGGUCUUUCUACUCUACUUCAGUCUCUGGAAGGGUGUCAAGUCCUCCGGCAAGGUGGUGUACAUCACGGCCACCAUGCCCUAUGUGGUGCUGUUCGUCCUGCUGAUCAGAGGCAUCACUCUGCCAGGGGCUAUGGACGGCAUACGGGCCUACCUCCACAUCGACUUUAAACAACUCAACGACCCCAAGGUGUGGAUUGAUGCUGCUACCCAGAUCUUCUACUCAUUGGGAGCUGGCUUUGGAGUGCUCAUUGCAUUUGCCAGCUACAAUAAAUUUGACAACAACUGUUACAGGGAUGCUAUCCUGACCAGUACAGUGAACUGUGUCACCAGCUUCUUUUCAGGUUUCGCCAUCUUCUCUGUGCUCGGCUAUAUGGCCUACAAACACGGAGUCAGGAUAGAGGACGUGGCCACCGAAGGUGCAGGACUGGUGUUCAUCAUCUAUCCUGAGGCCAUCUCCACCCUGCCUGGAUCUACGUUCUGGGCCAUAGUAUUCUUCAUCAUGCUGCUGACUCUGGGCAUCGACAGCUCUAUGGGCGGUAUGGAGGCAGUCAUCACAGGACUGUCGGACGACUUCAAGAUCCUGAAGAGGAACAGGAAGCUGUUCACCUUCGCCACGGCAUUCGGAACCUUCCUUGUCGCGCUCUUCUGCAUCACUAAUGGAGGUAUAUAUGUGCUGACUUUGUUGGAUAACUACGCGGCGGGGACCUCCAUCUUGUUUGGGGUGCUGAUUGAGGCCAUUGGGGUGUCCUGGUUCUACGGCGUGGACCGAUUCAGUGAGGAUAUCGAGCGCAUGAUGGGCUUCAAGCCAGGUCUCUACUGGAGGCUGUGCUGGAAGUUUGUCAGCCCCACCUUCCUACUGGUCGUGGUGAUAGCCAGCAUCGUGACGUCCACGGGCCUGAGUUAUGAUGACUAUGUCUUUCCUUCAUGGUCCAAUGUGAUUGGCUGGGGCGUAGCUCUGUCCUCCAUGAUGUUCGUGCCCAUCUACGCCAUCUACAAGUUCCUCAGUAUGCCAGGGACAUUCAAACAGAGGAUCGCCUACUGCAUCACACCAGAACACGAACAUCAUCUGGUGGCGGAGGGAGCUACCAUCAGACAGUUCACGCUCAAGCACUGGUUGGCUAUCUGACAACCUGAUGUCACCCAACCUUCCCCACUACUCACAAUUCCGGGGUGUUGGAGUCAUUGUGUUUCGACGGCAGAUGUUCCUGCUGCUGAGCCUCCUGCUACUGGAGGAUGGACAGGGAUAACGCCAUGCUCCUUUCUGCCUCUCUGUGUUCUGUUGGUUCUGACCCAACCUGCGACCUGCCAUCCCCUCUUUCCCACUCGGCCCCUCAUCUCCCUCUCUCUCUCUGUGAAGUGACUACAGAUUCUCUCAUCAACCUCUGCCUACAGAGUCAACUCAGUAUCCUCCAUGUUUUUGCUUUUGAAGUAUCCUUUUAUUGAAAACGUUUUACCAUGUGACAUCGUCAUCGUGGUCAUUUUUUAAACGUGUAUACAACUCAUAUAAGAUGGAGACAUUCCAUGCAGAGCAUGUACAGGUGUUUUCUGUGUUCAUUAGUUAUACAUGGGUUAGACACUUAAACCAAGUCAAAAAGUACCAAAUGACCACUUCUGUCAUCAUGUAUGCUCUAGGCAGGGGAGACAAACAUGACUCACAUUGCUUUUUAUCUUCUUGAUUCUUUUCAAAGAGGCCCCUCAAGCUUUUAGGUGAAUGAGAAAGGGAAGACAUCUAGUUUCAGUGCCCUCUUUGUAUGUCUGACUGAGUAGGUCCCCAGUCACUACUCUAGAUAACAGCAGCUCAACUGUGUCAGUGCCUUAUCGAGCUAGACACUUCCCAACCUGUCAAUGUUUUCAUUGGUCCAUACAGAAGGGUAAAUGUUUUCAUUGGUCCAUACAGAAAUGUUUUGCCCGACGACUCAGGAAUCCUCCUGCAGAUCAGAGCUCGUGGAUGAUAGAUACACUUCAUGGUUACCAACAUACAUUAUUAAUUCAGUUCGAAUGACAAUGUCCUUUAGAUAUUCAUCUUACAGCAGUAGAGGUUUUUCCCAGUUGCCUUCUCCAUCUUUUGAAACCUACCUGAAACAGAUCUGAAGCUUUUGUCACCUGUCUCACAGAAAAGGGAACAAUUUAUGUUGAGACUCAGAAGUGUUUUGUCUUGCAAGUGGUCGUCCUUAUGCUUUACACAUGGCCUUUACACAGAGCAGAGGUCUACAUUGUCCUGCUAUGGUUACUAAUGGUACUGUGUGUACCAACUUUAAUGUGUUGCAUAGUACGAGCAUCCUCUUCAGAGAGGCUUGUGCCCUUGAUCCAAUGAUUUGCCUUCGCCGUGCUGGUGGAUAAACAGUAGUAUUAAACAGUGGGGAAGAGACACAAAGGGAGGCUUUGAUUAAAUGAAGUUGAAUCCAGCACUUGAAAGAAGUCUUUAACAUAAGUACUUGUUUCAGUUUUCUAUGGAGAGGUAAGCACUCUUAGUGUGGAAUGCAAGAAAUGCCCUGUUUUAUCAAAAGCUUAACUGACUUACAGCAUUAACACAGGUAGACUCAACAAAACAAGUGAUUUCUUUACUUUUUAUACAAUGUUCUCUUUGUUAUGUUGCAUCUUUCCAAUGCAUUGUUUUGAGGUCCAUAUGGGUGAGCGAAAUCAGGAGCUUCUCCUUCAAAGAGUGUGUGUGUGUGUGUGUGUGUGUGUGUGUGUGUGUGUGUGUGUGUGUGUGUGUGUGUGUGUGUGUGUGUGUGUGUGUGUGUGUGUGUGUGUGUGUGUGUGUGUGUGUGUGUGUGUGUGUGUGUGUGUGUGUGUGUGUGUGUGUGUGUGUGUGUGUGUGUGCCCGUGCAUGUGGAAGGAUAGCUAGUGUAUUUUAAGUUUGAAAUGCCUCAUUCAUUGUUACGUUAAAUAGUUUAUGGUGUCUUUAUAUGUUACUUUGUCAUCUGUUGAAGCCUAUUUUUUGUCAAACUCGACUUAAAGAAAAGUCACCACCAAGGAAGUGCCAAACUGUUCACCCCUUUUUUUUUGAGAUGUCUGCUGUUUUUGUCUUUCGUUUUGUUUCUCUUCUCGGUUUCUUUAUUUAUUCAAAUGGAGUUGAAAUGUAACUGAAUUUUUCUUAUUGUGAAAUAACAUUAAUGGCAGGAAGCAAGCCACACACAACAAUUAUAUUGUAUGUGGAGUAUAAGACAUGGAAAAAUAUAUAAAUAUAUUCUUUUGUUAUAUAUCUAAUCUUGUAUUUAUCAAAUUGUUUAUAAACGAAACGUGAAUGUAAAGUAUUUUAAACGUAACUGUCCACUGUUACUGUUAUAUCAUUGUGUUUGAUGUAGGUAAGAUGAAUCUAUUUACAGAUGUGUUCUCCAGUGUAACCGGGGUAACUUUGCAACGUGAAUGUAGAACCCUGGCAUUACCUGAGCUACGUUUACAGAACACUGUGUACAAUACAAAAGUCCUGUUGAACGUGAGUGACAACUAUCUAUGAAGAAGUCAAAAUAUGCACACUAUUAUAAUAAAGAGAUCUUCUACACACACA